UCUGCGCAACCGUAGUCUGAGAGCUGCGCAGUCUUACUUGCGGUUUGGAUGGUAAACAAGCGGCUAACGAGAAACAAAUAACAACACGAUCAAUUCAGAUUAAUUUAUCAUUUUUAAGUGUCCAAAAUGUCUGGACAAAGUAUCCUAAAUGCUAAACAGCCGCCAAUUCAGUCCACGGCGGGAGCUGUACCUGUGCGAAAUGACAAGGGUGAGCUUUCUAUGGAAAAAGUGAAAGUCAAGCGCUAUGUCUCGGGAAAGCGCCCAGAUUACGCGCCGAUGGAGUCCUCGGACGAAGAGGAGGAAGACUUCCAGUUUGUUAAGAAAGGCAAAGAGGCAGAACCGGAAAUGGAACUGGAGGAGGAGGAUGUAUCGGACCCUCGUCUUCGCCGUCUCAUGAACCGAGUGUCAGAAGAUGUUGAAGAAAGACUUGCACGACACAGACAAAUUGCUGAACCAGAGCCGAUUAUUGAGAGCAGUGAGGAUUCAGAUGAGGGAACCUGGCACCCUGAGCGAGAGGAGAGCAGUGAAGAUGAGGAAGAAGAAGAAGAAGUUGAUGAUGAGGAAAUCGAGAGGCGGCGAGCAAUGAUGAGGCAGCGUGCACAGGACAGGAAGAAUGAAGAGACCGAGGUCAUGGAAGUUGAGGAAGAAGGGAAAUCUGUAGAAGACUCAGAGUCCGAGUCAGAGUACGAGGAGUACACAGACAGCGAGGAUGAAGCUGAACCACGGUUAAAACCUGUCUUCAUUCGCAAGAAGGACAGGGUGACUGUGGCUGAGCGUGAGGCUGAAGAGCAGAGACAGAAGGAGCUGGAAAUUGAGACCAAGAAGCAGGCAGAGGAGAGGCGUCGCUAUACCCUAAAGAUCGUUGAGGAAGAAGCCAAAAAGGAGUUUGAAGAGAACAAACGAAGUCUGGCUGCUCUGGAUGCCCUGGACACUGACGGAGAAAAUGAGGAAGAGGAGUACGAGGCCUGGAAGGUCAGAGAGUUGAAGCGAAUCAAGAGAGAUCGAGAGGCUAGAGAACAAAUUGAAAAGGAAAAAGCUGAGAUCGAGAGAUUCCACAAUCUCACAGAGGAGGAGCGCAGAGCUGAACUCCGUGUCAACGGCAAAGUCAUCACCAACAAAGCCACCAAGGGCAAAUACAAGUUCCUGCAGAAGUAUUACCACAGAGGAGCCUUCUUCAUGGAUGACGAGCAAGAUGUGUUCAAGAGGGACUUCAGUGCACCAACACUUGAGGACCAUUUCAACAAAACUAUUCUGCCUAAAGUUAUGCAGGUCAAGAACUUUGGUCGUUCAGGACGCACCAAGUACACACAUCUGGUGGAUCAGGAUACCACCUCCUUCGACUCCGCUUGGGCUCAGGAGAGUGCACAGAACAGCAAGUUCUUCAAACAGAAGGCAGGGGGUGUAAGAGACGUGUUUGACCGGCCAACGGUGCAGAAGAGGAAGACAUGAGCUACAUUCUGGACAUUUAUAAGCACAGAUGCAGAGACUGUUUUUAUGCUUUCCACCCACCCUUUUUUUUUUGUAACAGUGAAUAUAAAAGUUGUUACAGUGUGGCAACAAAUCUUGGUUUAUUGCAUUUUAAUUGUGUACAUCUGAUGGAUUUCUUUACAGAAUUGUUCUGUUCAGACCUUUUGUAAAAAUCUUAGUUGUGAAUAAAUUACUAUAUCCGGCACAUUUAA